CCGAUCAGAGAUCCGAUUAGUUGUCGUAAACACCCUGUGCUUCUGGAUGCACCCAAUAUUGGAACAUAACCUCCGGUUCCACCCGUAUUGGCACAUGCUGGUAUUCUUUAUUCAAUGAUCCAAGGUCCAAGCAGUUUUGUGAAAUGAUAAAAAGAGGCAAAACACUGACAUACCGCUUUCAAGUUCCUCUCUGUACGGGCCACGGACUUUAAAGGCCUUUAAACUGGAUCCACAAUAGGUGUAAUAAGCUUUGAGCCAUAAAAAAUUAAUCAAUCAUAUUCAAUUAGUCUUCUUACAUUCAACUGUGAUUGGUCAAUAUCUUACGGCUUAAGGUUUACUACACCUAUUGUGGGUCAAAGGUUAGAUUACAUCAUGGAGUGACUCAAAACCGCUGUAAGAGCGGUAGUUGUAAUUUUCAAAUUUUUAGUAUCAUAAAAAUGUUUUUAACUGUCCAUAAAUCCAUUUCACCUGACUUCAUCAUGAAAUAAUUUCACUGAAAAUGUAUUAGGAUUUAAAAAAACCCUCGAGGUCAAUUUUAUAAUUAUAAGAGAAAAAAGAGGUUAUGCUGCACAUGUGAGCUAUUAAUCUGUCUGCAGUAGCUCUUUACGUACAUACUCUUUGCUAAAAAAAUGUCGAAUGAAAAGCCGUGUCGUGCUUGCACGGACUUUAGGACUUGGGCGAAACGUCAGAAAGAAGCCUAUGACUCAGAGAAGGAAGCACAGAAAAAACAAAACCAAACUUUAAUUAGCAAUAAUGGUACUCGAGACAAUUGCCCUUUAGACAAAGAUGAAUUAGGUUCAAAGUCUUGGGCCUUUUUACACACUAUGGCUGCAUACUAUCCAGAUAAACCAAGUGAAGAACAGAAGGCGGACAUGAACAAUUUCUUUCACAUAUUUUCCAAAUUUUAUCCUUGCAACAUAUGUGCAAAGGAUUUGCAGGAACAAUUAAAAUAUUCACCACCAGAGACUGACUCUCAGGAAAAAUUGAGUCAAUGGCUAUGCAAACUCCAUAAUGAGGUAAACACGAAGCUUGGAAAACCAGAAUUUGAUUGUAAAUUAGUGAAUCAAAGAUGGAGAGAUGGCUGGCUGGAUGGAUCUUGUGAUUGACGAUAAAUAAUAAUAGUAUUUUCUAAUGUACGAUGGGACCUGAAUAUAAGUAUGGAUUAUUGUAGA